CAUGGGAUCAUUUUGGCCAGAUUGCGACGAUGGCCGAGUCGUUGCGGAAGCUCAUGUGGGGCCCUGCCGGAGCCGUCUACGUGAGCGAAGUCGAAACGAGAUGGAAUCGAGAAGACUUCAACUUCUCUGCAAAUGAGUCUGCUCCGUCGUGGGGCCUGCAACAACAGCACGGUGGACCUUGCGGUGUCUUUGCCCCUGUGCAGGCACUGCUCCUAGCUCGACUCGGUGACAAGAUUGACACCAAGCUGACAGUUUCUGACCGUGACCUCCUCCUUGCAAACGUCUUGGCCGAGGUACUCGUGCAAGCAACGGAGUCUCCGAGUGACAAGAUUUGGCUGAUCGAUGCAUCACAAGUCACUCCAUCGAGCGACUCAUUUGCCCCAAUCGAUGUCCCGCGCGCAGACCUUGUGCCUCGCGUGUUGUCGUUCUUGGUGCAAGCAAAGCGCGGUGUGAUGAGCUUCGUUUACAGCCUCAUCUUGACCCGGGGUGUGCAUCGUCUUGCAAGCGACAUGGAUGACGUAGAGUCAAGUCUCACGAGCGGUCAGUUCGGCCAUGGUUCCCAGGAACUCCUGAACCUCAUGUUGACGGGUCGCGCCACGUCCAACGUGUUUGAUGGUGUUGUGCCGAUGGGUGACUCUGGGCUAGUGCUACGCGGAGUGGAAGCGCGAACAACGGUGGGGUACUUGACGCACCUGGAAGCGCUGCGCUAUUGCACGGUGGGAAGCUAUCUCAAGGCCCCACGAGCCCCCGUGUGGGUCUUGGGCAGCACGAGCCACUUCACAGUGCUCUUUUCCACGGACACAUCGCUGUGUACCGGAUCGGCGUCGGAUGCCCUGCUCGCCAAGGUCCAGCGCGCGUUCAAGUCUUUCGAUACAAUGGAGAGCGGGUUCAUCCAGAUCGAUUCUCUGCCGGCAUGCCUCGCCGAGCUCGAUGUGGACUCGUCGAUUUUGUCCAACCAGUUUCAAAUGGGCCGGUUGUUUGCGAAGAUUGAAGUCCCUGGCGCCGGCGUUGUCCUCUGGGAAGACUUUUGGCGUGUUGUGUCGAUUCUCCUCGAGUCGGGCGACCUCCAGCAAGCACUAGACGGUAAGCUCAAGACGCGGAAGCGGUCCGAUUCUGACGUUGCCCGCGACCUGCAAGCGCAAUUUGAUGCCGAAUCGUCGUUGACGACGGCACCAUUACCGCCACCUGCUUCUUCCGACGGAGUCCGCAUGACCCUUGACGACGAGCAAGAGCACGUGAAACUGGUCGAAUUCUUCCACUACAACGGGCUCGUGGAUGCCAAGAAAGCUGCGGCCGGGGCAUUUCCCCGCCUCGUCCAGUUCCAGGCGAGAAUUCCGACCAAGAACCGCGUGGGGUACUCGGUGCCCAUGAUGGACACAUCGCAAACGAGCGGCGGCCAUGGCUGCCCCAUUGAGGACGUCAUGAAAACCAAGUGGCCUGGCAUUCAAAUUGACUGGAAUGGAAAAACUCCACCGAGCUUGGACUGAAUGCAUUUCAUUUCCCAAACACGUUGUCGUCUUUAUAUAUAUAUCUGCAGAUGAUCCAUCACUUGGUCGA